GCAAAGACCUGUUGGAGCCACUGCGCCGCUGUCGCGUUGUUGAGCACGGUAUGAAACGGCAGCUUUUUUGAGUCCUCCAACACCUUGACCCGAGUGCAACACAUUGCGCCAUGAUGGAGGCAAAGCCCACCUCUGGCGUAAAUUCACAGGCCAACAGCGAGUUGAACACAUCGGUUGGGGGCGUGUCUCAUCAGACACAGCCUUUAGAACGUCGUGUUGCCUGGCUAGAAGAGGAUGUUGCAGUGAUUCAUCGCCGUGUCAAGUUGGAGUGCGGAGAGAUAGGAGGUGGAAAUGCUGCAGACUCAGGCUUGCGCCAGUUGGUGGCGCGCUUGGACGGUGAAUUGGCCGCAGAACGUCGCGCACGCCAAUUGCUGGAGGCUCGAAUGAACUCCCUGGAGGCUUCCGUGAAGCGAGACAAAGGGGAACGGGAGGCAAACUUGAAGAGUUUCUCCACCGAAUUGGAAGGAGUGAUGCGAGGACUUAUCGGUCGCAUCGAUGAGGGCUUGUCCGCUGGGGCCGCUUCUAUGAAGGAACGCACCGAUCAAACAGAGGUGCGCAUGCGACAUCUCAUCAAGCGCGUGGAUGAAGGUCUUUCAGCCGGCGCUGCUGCCCUGAAGGACACCCUGACCAACACUAGCGAGAAGCUGGAGAAGAUCAGUGAAACGCCCGGCUCCAGGGACCAGCGUCCUUCUCGAACGGAGCCACGGGUUGGGGCCGCCUCGCGUGGCACGCAAUCGCCGGUCACGCAGCAGCAGCAGCAGCAGCAAAUGUUGCAGGUCAGAGCAUCUGGAGGUAACGCCAAUCCCAUGAUGUCUGCCAGUCGACAACGGUCGCCUCAAGGAAGCCAGGCACCGUCCCACUUCAGAUCUCCCGUGGCGACACCAUCUAUGGCAUAUCCCUGCUCGUUGCAGGUGCCUGGAAGUGGACUCAAUGGUGCACAGGCUGCACAGGGCAUGCAUGUCAGACAGGUGCCGCAGGCGCAUCCGCAUAUGCAGCAAGGUGGACAGCCCAUGGUACAGGGGCGAGUUCCGGUGGGUUGGUCUGUGCCCGCUGCCACCCGAUAACGUCAGCCGCAUCGCAGCGCACUGCUGAAACCUGGCAAAUCUCACUCACUUGAGACUGUAAACGACCACAAUAAUGAAAAUGGCAACGACCUCUCAUAAGCGCUUCCGCUGAUUGAUCUGAAAAUAAAUCGCAAUAU